AUGGCUUCCCACGAUGAGUGGCAAAGCGGUUACCAGCAUACGGUGCCAAACGCAUGGACUGAUGGACUCUAUCAUCUUCAGCAACAACACCAACAACAGAACACUUCACCACAACCUGCGCCACUCGAACAGAAUCAAGACCAAGACCAAGACCAAGACCAAGACGAUGUGCCAACAACCCUGGAACUUUUAGAACGACCCCGGCCCAUCUCAAGUUGGAAGGGCAGUUGUUUCAACAAACCUACCACUUAUUACGGCAACACAAUAGGGAAAUUGAUGUGCAAACAGGAUAUUGAGGACACUCGCAACUUUGAGCUUUACCGUCUUCAUUCCGUUCGUUUCGAGUUGAACCAAGGAGACACUCUUGUUUUCAUCGACUAUCCCACUCACAAUAGCAUCGACCAUACUGACUGUAAUGGCAUUUUUUACAAGUCCCAAGAACUCCGUGUUCACUCCGACAAGUUGCUCGAGACUGGUUCUUCUAAAUUCGCCGAAAUGCUUGGUCCUACAUACCAGUUCAGAAUCCAACGUCGUCGGAAAAUGGUCAACAAGUUGCCAGAGGGCAUCAAGUAUCUACUGGAUUUGACUCCGCCUUCAGAAGGAGAUGAACUGGUAUUCCAGAUGACUGAGCUAUCUCUGACUCCUGCAAUUACCAAGUGGUGGAGCUCAUACAUGAUGCACACCGUUGACCCGUUGCUUGUCACUGGACACGCCGAUGUUUGCACAUGCAACAGAUAUCCAAAGGCCGAAGCAAGUGAUGAGGAAGCAGUAAAAAAGGAGGAUUGUUCUGGAACCGUUCAGAAUGAUACAGAAUCCACGAAUGGAUCGAUGCCCAACCAGCACAAAAAAUCUAAAAAGGCGAAGGAGCCUUUGAUACCUCUUCACCCAGAACGCGCUCUACAGAUGAAAGCUGGGAAUGAUAACGAGGUCUAUGUAACACCCUCAUACCGACGUGUCCCAGAUUACUGCCCGAUUCGCCACCGAAAUGGCAUUCUGAGGUUGCUCAUGCUCAUCGAAGGCAAGGGAAUUAUACUCGACUCGGCAAUUCGAGUAUGGACAAUGGUUAAGAUCGGUACCAUCUUUGAUUGCACUUCUAUCCUCCGGGAUCGUGUCACUCAAUGGAUUAUGCAUGGACAGAACACUACUUUCAUCGAGGUGUUGCCUGAAGAAGCUUUGCAGAUCGCGUUCGCCCUCAAAAUCCCACAAGUUGCAGAGAGUUCUUUUCGAAUUCUCGUCAAUGAACUAGCCCUGAAAUUGGCCGCCGACAAAGAUUCGUACAAAGAGCCCAGUCAGACCACGAUUUUCGGGAGAAGAGUGGGUGAUUUACCUGACGAGCUCAGAAACCUCGUACAGCAUGCAGCCCAGGCGCUUGUCGACAGAGUUUCAGAGGUUGAUGCUACAAUGCGAAAUGCGGAAUUGUAUGACUUUUGGGAUAUCGAAGAGUGGAAAAAAUUGCGAAAGAUUGAGCAACUUCUCACGGAAGAAAAUACACCUCUCGGUCAAGAAGCACUCGCCAGUAUUCGGCUUCUCAUGGAUGCCCUGGUCUUCGAGGUCACACAGACGUGGGACGAAGUUAUGACAAGCCCACCAGCAUAUAAUCACGAGACCUAUUCGAGUAUCGAUUUAGACCGUCUGACAUACGUGGAGCCCAGGGAUUUUGAGAAAUCUCCUGUCAUCAUGCAAUUCUUCAACCCGGUCCAGAUGCUGCUAUGCGCAGCACCUUACAACGAUGUUGGGGUGGCCCUAGAUGGCCGAAGAUGGCCCACUGUCCGAUGCAAGUUGGCUGGCCACAGACACACAUUAUACGCAACGCUGGUGCGAGAAGCAACACUUGCCUUGUACGGCUUUCUGGCAUGUAAUCAGAGACUUACAAGCAAUGCUCAAUGGGGAAAAAUUCUUCAUGAUCGCCCGUUUCCGUUGAUGGGCAUGACAGCCUCGCUAUAUAGGCCCAUCGUCUCGCUCAUUGCCAUAGAGCUCGACGUCAAGAAGGCAGUUGGCCAAAUCACUCUCUCCUGGACACGCAACAUGAUCGAACCGCCGCUUAACAAUACGCGUCAUCUACUACUGACCCUCAAUGACAACGAGCUAAAGUAUCUCCCUCUUUGGUGUGGAGGCUGUGACGAUGGGACAGGGGGAGUUUUUGAGGAGCCUAUCCCAGAAACUUCGAUGGGCGCCAAUGGACCAGGCCCUGCAUACCACACCGGACACACAAUCCCUUCUACACCUUCGAGUAUCAACGGCUCCAUGAUUGACGAUAUGGAUGCCUUAAGAGUCUGGGGUAGCACAACAGGAGCCUCGAUUAAUGUUCACGAUAGCAUAUCAACUGUGUACAGGGCAGACCAGGUGAUUGCUCCAGACGUGUCUAUAGCCUCGGACUCUUUCACUGCCGGCGAGUCUGAGUAUUCCAACGCCAGGUAUGCCGUGCCUGCGGAUCAUCAGGCAAUGGGGGAAGCGAUCAACAUGACCGUUGAAACAACAGACUCGGAAUCAGCAUCUUCAGCUACGACUGAAGGUUGGAACACUCCGGAUGAAGAAAGUAACGACAGUGACAAUGAUAUGUACAUGUGGACCGCCGAUAGUGACAGCGACGACAGCACAGCUACUAUUUCUUAA